AGCAAAAGAAGGGGUGAUGGGUAGGGUCAAGUAAUAGAGUGGCACUAAUCUCAACCAGUUAUUUUUGAGUUCGGCGCGCAAGGCCCCAACAGGAGGUUGCUCCCGCCUCGUUGUGUGGCGCGGCCGGCGGGAGAGGUGGGAUCCUUCGACAGCAAUACCCCUUCAGAGCGGGCGAGAAUAGAGACUGCACAGUAGGGUUCCUAACGCAGGCGGUCGGACUGUGAUCAAUUCUGCAAUCCAUAUUACUGACAAGGCGUUCCAAGAUUUCUAGGACUGUUGGUUUGCACAUACAUUCGCCCUGGGCCUCUCGGAAGAAGAUUUGAGGAAACUGAGCCGGGAGGAGGGGGUAGGCUCUGAGCCCUGUCCUCCUCCUCCCAGGGGAGCAGCCCAUUCUGUCUUCGGACCCCCGCACCUUGAUAGUGGAUGUGGGUUUGUCAUGAGUCCGGCCGGCUGCUCCCAUGUGAACAGCUUUAAGGUGGAGAAUUGGAAACAGAAUCUGCGUGUAAUCUAUCAGUGCUUUGUGUGGAGUGGGACACCAGAAACACGAAAGAGGAAGGCGAAGUCGUGUAUCUGUCAUAUGUGUGGUGCUCACCUGAAUAGACUUCAUUCUUGCCUGUACUGUGUCUUCUUUGGCUGUUUUACAAAGAAACACAUCCACGAACACGCAAAGGGUAAAAGACACAAUUUAGCCAUAGAUCUGUUGUAUGGGGGUAUAUAUUGUUUUAUGUGUCAAGACUACAUAUAUGACAAAGAUAUGGAGCAAGUUGCCAAAGAAGAACAAAGAAAAGCUUGGAAAUUGCAAGCUUUCUCCCCUGCUCUGGUUUCUCCAUUCCAGUAUACAAUGACAGGAGUUGGUGAAAAGUAUUCAACAUGGGAACCAACAAAGAGGGAACUAGAACUGUUAAGGCAUAACCCCAAGAGAAGGAAAAUAACUACGAACUGCACCAUUGGCUUGCGAGGGUUAAUCAAUCUUGGGAACACAUGUUUUAUGAACUGUAUUGUCCAGGCACUUACCCACACUCCUCUGCUGCGAGACUUCUUCCUCUCUGAUAGACAUAAAUGUGAAAUGCAAAGCCCGAACUCUUGCCUGGUUUGUGAAAUGUCUACUCUAUUUCAGGAGUUUUAUUCUGGGCACAGAUCUCCUCACAUUCCAUAUAGGUUACUGCACCUUGUAUGGACACAUGCACGACAUUUAGCAGGAUACGAACAGCAAGAUGCACAUGAAUUCCUCAUUGCAGCUUUAGAUGUUCUGCACAGGCAUUGUAAAGGUGAUGACAAUGGGAAGAAGGCCAACAAUCCAAACCACUGUAACUGCAUCAUAGACCAAAUCUUCACUGGAGGACUGCAGUCAGAUGUAACUUGUCAAGUGUGCCAUGGUGUCUCUACAACAAUUGACCCAUUUUGGGACAUCAGUUUGGACUUGCCUGGUUCAUCUACUCCUUUUUGGCCUUUGAGCCCUGGAAGUGAUGGUGGAGUUGUGAAUGGGGAAAAUCAUGUAUCAGGAACAACAACCCUAACAGAUUGUCUAAGAAGGUUUACACGACCAGAGCAUCUUGGAAGCAGUGCCAAAAUUAAAUGCAGCGGUUGCCAUAGUUACCAGGAAUCAACUAAACAGCUCACUAUGAAGAAAUUGCCAAUUGUGGCAUGCUUUCAUCUCAAACGGUUUGAACAUUCAGCAAAGCUGAGGCGAAAGAUCACCACAUAUGUAUCGUUUCCUUUGGAACUGGACAUGACUCCAUUCAUGGCCUCCAGCAAAGAAAGCAGAAUGAAUGGGCAGUACCUGCAGCCACCAGAUAAUCUAAAUAAUGAUAAUAAGUAUUCUUUGUUUGCAGUAGUUAAUCACCAGGGAACUUUAGAAAGUGGGCAUUACACCAGUUUUAUCCGACAACACAAGGACCAGUGGUUCAAAUGUGAUGAUGCAAUUAUCACUAAGGCUAGUAUUAAGGAUGUACUAGAUAGUGAAGGAUACUUGCUUUUCUAUCACAAGCAAUUUUUGGAAUAUGAAUAACUGCUUUUUCGGAAGUGAACAGUAAAACGGAAACCACAAAAUAAGCCUUCUGAAAUGAUACACAAGCCUACCUGAAAUGUACACACAAGCUGGACAUUAAACCAGAGCUAUACUGAUGACACCUGCCUGUGCUGAUUCUUGAAAUGGUGGAUUAACUAUUAAGGCCAAGGUGCACAAAUGCGGGGGCCAGUGAACAAUAUAGUCCAAACUGAGAAAUACUCAUACUAAAAAUAUAUCAUCAUGUUUUUGAGAAUGUGUGGGAAGGGUGGGUGGAUGGGGGAUUAUUGGCUUGAAUGGCGAUCACAUCUCCAAAUUCCAUUAAGUCAACUACUCCAUUUCUUGCUUUAGUGGCAUCUGACCAAUGACUUAGCAGUUCUAAUGAUAAGGAAAAGCAAAGUCAGGCAGGUUGAUAUUUGUAAAUCAAGGAUUAAAAGGUGAAGCCCUGCAAGUAUCUAUUUGCAAAUUUUAGUUACAAAAUUCUGUAUGAAACUGUUUAGCUCUCUGUGUGUUUUGGCCAGCUUUAUGAAAUCCUGGAAUGUGGACUGAAUCUACAGAUACUGAGACUGGUUUUCAGUAUAAAUGUUAUAAUUUGACCUGCUCAUGGAAACCGGGACUUGUGGGGGGGGGGGGUUCUGUUCAGAUUUGUUUUAUUUUUGUUUUGUAGUAAUUUUGUUUUCAUGAAUCUAAAUGCAGUCAUGAGUAAAGAAAGAAAAAAAAUGGGAUGAUGUACUGUGCAUCUGGUCUGUUAUCUUGAAGUUGUCUUUAAGGAUAUAUUUAUAGCCUGUGUAACAAGAUUUUAUAACUGCCUGCUCUGUGAGUAUUCUAUUCUAGUCCAAUUUGUGACAGUUAAAUCCAGUGAUCAGAUAUUCAGUGUAGUAGAAUAUGAACAUUGAAUUUAAUUGGUGAAUUUUAUAGUUUAUGGUUUAAGUAUUGGAGAAUCGUUGACCAAGCCCAUCGGUUUCUUAGACAUGACUUACUGGCUGAUCAUGUUAAUAUCUGGGAAUUUAUUAGCUUAGCUUCUCAAAUUGUUUAAUUUAGAACUUGCACACUCUUAAACUACAUAAACAAGUGAACUGAAAUUCCUAUGAAUAAUGGACCAGUAGUCUUCUCUGUAUUACUCAUUGUUUGUUGUUUAAACUCACUGCAUCAAAACACUCUAGUUCCUGCACCCCUUAAGUGAGUAGUAAAGUGCUACAUUCCCACUGGUUGGAGCAAAAUAAAUUGGUACAAUGUCUUGUGAA